UUUUUAUCCGAUAAUAUACAGGUCCAUAUAUCGUGCAAGAGUGGGUAUCCAUCUUGCCAAAAUUAUUGAGGGAGAAGAAAGAAACAUGGGAGGGGGAGCCAUGUCCCCAGCGGUCUCUGGACAAGGUGGAGCAGCUGCUUAUUGUUCAUCCACCGUAGCUAAGCCAUCAACAGCCGUUACAACCACCAAUAUUGAGUCACUUAAUUCAGUCUCUGCCAUUUCCAGUCAAGAACCCUUCAAUAAUAAUCCAUCAACAGGGAUAAGCUGUAUGCACCAUGAAAACGUGGGUUCUCCAGUGGAUGGUACAAGUGGAACAGAAUAUGGUGCUGCAGCAGGAAAGUGUUGUUCUGGCUGUGUUUUUGGGCCUGCACCAUCAAGAUUGGAGGUAGAAAAGGCCAUGACUGACUUACAGAGGUUUCUGCAUGGUGAAGAAGCUAAAUCUAACUUCCGCUGGCUUCAACCAAUAGUUUAUCCUAGCGACUCAAGGAUGCUGCAAUCUCCUGGAUAUAGAAGAAUCCAAGAUGCUUUUGGUAUGCUUCAAAGAGAGCCAUCAGUUCAGAACCUGGUGGCCUCGAUCUCCUGCGACAAAGCUGUUUGGGACGCCAUCUUGAACAACAGGGCAGUUCAGGAUCUCGGGGGCUCAAUCUCUGCAGAACAAAGGACGCAGGCAUCUAGUGAACAAGCAGACAUAGCGAGCCUCAUCUUUAAGUGGAUUUUGGAAUUUACCAUAUCAAAGAUUAUGGAUGUGGUUGAGAAAAUUGGAUUGAUGAUGGCUGAAUUAUUUAUACCCGGUGACAAGGAAAAACCAACCUCAGAACUCACUGAUCUUGUCGAAGAAAAGAUUAGAUCUUCGUUGCUUCUUUCGGUUGUUAUUCUUUUGAUUGUGGUUGUCACCCGAAACAAUGGCGCCUGAUGAAGGCCUUCGUCUUCGGACAAAUGCAUAAACGGCGGCUACACAAGUUGGUCUUUAGUCUUUAGUCAUUUUAGCAUCUCAUCUGAUGUCUUUUGUCAUUUCUUUGUUGUAGAUUAUCUGGAUAUCAUUAUCGUGUUUGUAUGCUUUGUCUCAACAUACACAUGCAACAAAAUAAUCUCGGGAACUCAAAGCUUCCAUAGCUGCUAGCCGCCCUUCAAGCAGAGCUAAGAAAGACACUGAUGUAUUUAUUUCAGAAAAAUGAUGGUGGGAAAGAAAAAAUGAAAGAAAGAAAGGAAAGGAAAGGCUCGUCCUUUUGAGUGUAA